GUAUCAAAUGAGUUAGUAUUAAUAUUAUUUUUUUUUAAUGGAAUUUUAUUCUAUAACUUUUGUAAUUAUUGUUGCUUUCGUGUUGAAACCAUAUGAAGCAAAACUAAGUACAGAUUAUCAUGAUGAUUAUAAAAACUACAUCAAUACUGUCAUUAGUUACAUUCAUUCACAAAUUGUAUUGAAUGAAAAGCAAAAUCUAAAACUAAAUCAAUGUUUUAAAAAUAAUAUUUCUUUUAGACAAGCUUUCUUACCAGAAGGAUACAUGAAUGAUUUCAGAGAUAAGUAUUCUUAUACAAUAAAUGUACUCAAUUUCAAGUAUACAGGAAUACUAAAAAAAUUCCUCAAUUACAUAGAUAUUAUUCUUCAACAAUGUAAGCAAUUUCGUGAUGAAAAUUUAUGGGAAAAUUUUAUUUGUUGUGUAACAUCACUUGUAGAAGAAGUGAAAAAUUCCAAGACUAUGUUUGAAAACCUCUAUAACGCAAUGAAGUUUAUAAGUGAAAUAGAUGUAAGAUAUGUGUUUAAUGGAAACAAUGUACCAAAUGCUAUAGUUGAUGAAAUUGAUUUUUUUAAACAAUUUGUCUUACAAUAUACAUCAGAGACUGUAUCAUUUGAUCUCAAUAGCUUACCAAAUCUUAAAGACUCUGAAACGAAAUUUAAGAAUUUAAAUGAAUUUUAUGCAGUAGCAUCAGAAAAAGUAAACAUUAUGUUUCAAAAUAAUAAUUUAAUCGACACUUUUAUAGAAACUAAUUCGAUAACAAAUCAAAUUACGGAAUGCUCUAACAAAAAUGAUUCUUACUUAGUCUAUUUAACAUGUAGUAAUCUUAAUGCGUUUUAUAACGAAACCAUAGACAUUUGGUACAAGAAUCUUGGCUUUGACCUUUUUUUUAACCCUAUUAUACCCAAAUUCAUACCACCAAUAGAUCUAGAUAUAAAUCAAAAUGAUGGAAUUAAAGCUCUCAAUAUUCUUCGUCGGGAAUCUGGUUGGAAAAAAAUGGAACACAUAAGUAUAAUUUAUAAUGGUAAACAAUUUAGCGUAGAUUGGGUAAUAAAAGACGAAAUUAACUACUUGAAUUUUCAAAUAAAAAAGGAGCAUGUAAUACAAUUAUUAAGAUGCCGGUAUACAGAAAUAAUUAAAAAUUACUAUACAUUGUUAUCUGCUAUAUUGUUUCUAUGCAAUGCAGAUGAUAAUGACGAUUAUAAUCAUUGUUUGAUUGAGUUGUAUAACUCAUUUAACAAAUCUAAAUUAAUGCUUGAAGGAUUACAUUUAGCGUUGAUUACUUUAAAUAAAUUAUCAAUAUCAACUGAUAACAUCAACUCUCAAUCGAAUUUACAGAAUAUAUUAAACUGGGUAACAGGUUUUCUCCGUUUAUUGAAGAACAAUGAAUUGUUUCAAGAUAGUUAUGAUGAACAACUUUAUAUAAAAAAAAUGGAACUGAUUAAUAACCUACUAACAGAUUUUUCUAAGUUUUUUGUUGACUUUCGUAAAGAGUUACGAAGCGAUUUGGGUUACAUAAAAAACCGUUGUUUAAUAAAAAAACCUUUUUAUGAUAAAUUCAAAAUAAUAAAUGAUUUUAGAUAUUCAACAACUGUAUUGAAAAAUGCGUAUCCUCAAUAUCUAAUCCAAAAAUACCAUACUGCGUGUAAUUAUUUUGUCAAAUUUUGUGAAGAUGCUUACACAUCAUGCUAUGAAGAUAUGGGUUUCAGAAAAAUUUAUUUUGCAACAAAUGCAUAGGUAUAAAACUUAAUCAUUGUACAGUCGAUUAAAUGGAUUAUUUAUUUGUUUAGUUUUCACUACAUAGUAUAAGCUAGGUAUCAACAAAAUGAAUUACCAGUAACAAGAUAAAAAUUUUUCACUGAGAUAUUUUAAAAUUAUUUUUUAUAGCAUUUAACGUUAUAAACCAUUAUUAAAUCUUAUUUUUAAUUAUAUUAAAUUAAACAUUUGAAAA